AUGUCUACGAAAGAAGGGAACCGUAACUGCAAAAGAGAAAGCAACGAGGCACGUGGUUUGACAGAUAAGAGGAGAAAAACGAAAGCCAACAAGUCAACCACUUCUAAAGAUAUUGCUGAUACAUCUCGUCUAAAAAGGAGAACCUUACUACUACUUGAAAACAAUAGAAGUAAAGAAAAUAUCCUUUGUGCUAUCAAGAAAUCUUCAGGUCAUGGUGAGGUGAAGUCUACAACAAGAAAAGUAGCGACUACAGAAAUGCAAAUAGAGACAGGAGUUCACAGUACAGAACAGAAAAAAAAUAUUCAAAACACGAUCCUUGAGCAAAUUCUUCAAAGACUCAAUGCGAUAGAGCUAAGGCAGAGAAAUGUGGGAGGAGGAUGCCUAGACCCUUCCAACACAGAGGAGGAGUAUAAUAGAAGAAAAUGA